AUUGUUAAAACAAUGUUAAGAGCAAUAUAAAUAGCGGGUUUAGUUUAUAUAUACACAUUUCCACCUGAUAUACAUUGAUUGCCCAGGUUUAGUUUCAAUCUUAAAACCCCAUCCCAUCCCAUCUUCUUCUUGGUGUUGUUUAUAUUUGUCCUAUUGGAUUAUAUAUACAAGGAAGAGAUAUCGGCGGCGUGACGCAGGAAGCAGUGAGAUUAGAUGGAAACCCAGAAUGCCGAAAAACGCAGCGUUUGACACAACCGGCGAAUGAAUAAUAUGCCAAACGCCAUUACUUGACUUCAUCAGCUUUCUCUCUCUCUCUUUGCGUUAUUCUGUGAGAACCAAAAAGAACAACGGCAGUACUAAUUGUAAUAGUUGUCAAGAGGCACACGUAGUAGUGGUUUCCGUAUAUGUCCCUUCACAAACACAGCUCAUCAAUAAACUCAUAACCAGCUUGUUUUUUUUUUUUUUUUAUCCCCUUCCCCAUGGAACAUAUUCUUUCUUCUUUUCAUUCUCUCGAUUCCCCGGUUUUUUACCGUCCUCUUCCCCUCCACCGGCGUCCGAGGUGGCCCCGUAUGGGCUCCUCCACCCCCCACCACCGUAACAACCAAAACAAGACCAAACUCAUCGUCAUCAUGGGUGCUACCGGUACCGGAAAAUCCCGCCUCUCCAUCGACUUGUCAACCCAUUUCCCUCACUCUCAAAUCAUAAACUCAGACAAAAUGCAACUUUACAACGGCUUAGAUAUAACCACGAACAAGAUCCCUCUCCCUGAAAGGAAAGGGGUCCAGCACUAUCUUCUCGGCGAGUUCGACUCAAUCGACGCCGACGUGGAGCCGUCGCAGUUCCGUUCCGCCGCGGGAUCAACCAUCGCCGACAUUGCCUCGCGUGGGAACUUGCCGCUUCUUGUUGGUGGGUCCAACACUUUCAUUCAUGCUCUCCUGGUGGAAACCUUUGACCCUCAAGUGGACGUGUUUGCCGAGUCAAGCUCAGUGAGUCGAGCGUUGAGGUAUGACUGUUGUUUCCUUUGGGUCGACGUGGCUUGGUCGGUACUCAGUGAGUACCUAUGCAUACGAGUUGAUGAAAUGCUUGACUCAGGGAUGUUAGAAGAGUUGGCUCAGUUCUAUGACCCGACCAAAGCGGGUGUCAUGGUGGGGCUACGGAAGGCAAUCGGAGUACCCGAAUUCGAUGCCUAUUUCAGGAAAUACCAGCCGUGGGAAAGCCCAGAAAACGGCGUCGUCCCCAACAAGGACCGUGAUCAGAGCCGGAGGGAAGCGUACGAGGAAGCCCUGCGGGAGAUCAAAGAUAACACGUGUCGACUGGCAAAGAGACAGAUAGGAAAGAUCCUACGGCUGAGAGAGGGCGGAUGGGACUUCACUAGAUUCGACGCAACGGUGACGUUUCAAGCAUUGAUGAAGAAAAAGCAGUCGUCGGCGGUGGCGGCGCCGGAACUAGAAUGGAGGGAGAUUUGGGAAAGGGAAGUGGUGGAACCAAGCGUGAAGAUUGUGAAGCGAUUUUUGGAGGAGUAGGUUUUCCAGCUAAUUUAUUCUUUGUUGGAAAAAUUGCUCUAAAAAAAAGGGUGGAAAAAUUCAGAUUAGCCAGAGUUAGGGGUGAGUAAAACUCGAUUCGACUCGAAAAAAUUAAAAAAAAAAUUGAAUUUCGAGUUAAACGAAUCGAGUUAUUCGAGUUAAUCGAGUUAUUCGAGUCAACUUAAAUUUUUUUUUCGAAUUUCGAGUUCGAAUAGAGUUGAGUUUUCGAAUUCGAAUAA